CAGCCUACAUUAGUACGGUAACACUGUUUCGAACGACAAAAGUAGACAUAAAAAGGCAGAGUUCGAUGUGAAUUUGUGCAAUUAAUAUUAUUAAAUAUUUUUACACUUUUAUAGUAAACAAUUUUUUAUUCGCUUGUCCAACGAAUUUACAGCGUUUGUCAGCAAUCUGCCCAGUGCGUGUGUAUUAUAAUAAAUAAAUAAUUACGUAUCCACGGUAGGGGCCAAAAGCAGGCAAAUCAUAAAGCAGAGAGCAGAGCAAAGAAAGUUCUAAAAAUAUUUUUGAUCGUCGUGAAAGUCGCAUAUUUUAUAAAGCUUUAAAUUAAAGACCAAAACAGCGCAUACUUAAUUGCAAAAAUGGUAUUGAAAGUGUACGUCAGCGGCAUGUCCGGCAACAAGGAGGUGAAGAAGCGCCAACAGCGAGUUCUGAUGAUCUUGGACAGCAAGAACAUUCAGUACGAUACCAUUGACAUAACAGAACCCGGCAAGGAGAGCGAAAAGGAGUUUAUGCAGAACAAAUCAACUAGCAGCGGCGGCACAGUCAGCGAUCCAGAGCCCAGACAUCCAUUGCCACCGCAAAUCUUCAACGACGAGGAAUACUGCGGCGAUUAUGAUGCCUUCGACUUGGCCAAUGAGAUUGAUACGCUGGAGGUGUUUCUCAAACUGGCGCCCGCUGAUACAACGGCUGUGAGCAGUGCUCAGAUCGAGCUGAAGCAGGAGAACGGCGUGGCAAAAGAGGGCGAAAAGACCGAAGAUGAGGAAAAGAUAGCUCCAGCGGAAGGCGAAGGGGAAGGCACGAAUGCGGAGAAGGCAGAGGCAGAAGAUGGCGAACAAACGAGCGAGGAUAAGGAGAAAACAGAUAAAGAUGGCGACGAAGACGAUAAAAAGGAAGAGAGUAGUGAAGAAAAGACUGUAACCGAAGCUAAAGAAGGUAACGGCGAAUCAGAAUCGAAAGAAGAGAAGGAGGAAGCAACAGGUAAAAUAAAGGAUGCACAGCAUGUUAAUUACUCUAACAUUCCUUUAAUGCCAAAAGCAGACAAAACUGAAGAUGAGCAGAAGGAGAAGGCAGAGGAAGACGAUAAAAAAGAGAAUGAAGGUGAGGGUGAAGGUGAAGGUAAGAACACGGAAGAAAAGGCAGAGAAAGCGGAAGAUGCGGAAGGUGAGACAAAAGAAGAGUCGAAAGAAGAUAAAGAUGAAAAGGAAGAGAAGUCUGAAGAAGAAAAAACAGAAGAAGAGAAGUCCGAAAACGAAACAGAAGAGAAGUCUGAAGGCGAAACUAAAGAGAAAACGGAAGAGUCGAAAAAAGAUGAAGAUGAAACAGAAGAGAAAUCAAGUGUAGAGAAAGAUACAGUGGAAGAAAAGCAAGAAGAGACAGAAAAUGUCGAAGAGACCGUUGAGUUAGAAACGCAAGAAAGCGCAAAAAACGAAGCUGCCGAAACGUCUAAAGAGCCCGAAGAAGCUGACGAAAUGGAAGAAGAUAAGGAAAAAACUGAAGAGGUGAAAGCAGAGACAAAUGAUACCAAAGAAGAAACAAAAGUAGAUGAAACCAAAACAGAAGAUGAGAAACAGGAUGAUGAAGAAAAGAAAGAAGUAGAAAAAGAAGAGGAGAAAAAAGAUGAAUUAGAAGAGAAUAAUGAAGAAAGCACCGAAGAAACUAAAGUAAAUGCAGAUGAGGCAGAAACUAAAGAAUCCUCUGAAGAGAAAGAAAAUCCUAAAGAAUCAACAACAGACGAGGAGAAAGAACCCAAUGCUGAAGUAGGAACAGCAGAAAAGAAAGAAGCCGACGCUGAAGAAGGAACAGAAGAAAAUAAAGAAACGAAAGCUGACGAAGAAGCAAAAUCUUCUGAAAAGGAAAGCGAAGGAGAGUAACAGAAUUAGUGCAUAAGCUGCCCAUAAACUGAAACGAACCACAACGAACGAACACGAUGAGCUGGAACCAAACACACACAAACUCACGCACACACACCAAAUGAACCAAUGCAAGCACUCACUUCAAAUGAACCACUAUCGCAUCUGCAUCUGUAGUCCAUCACUUAGAGAGCACACAUAUGCACAAACACAAACACACACAUUA